GGCGCGCCGGGACCCGGAAGCACUUCCCGAGGCCCCGCCCCGCGCGCCAACACCGCUGCCGGGGGACGCGGCGCUUCCUUUCUGCGCUCGAGCGCGUGGUGGUGGCAGCAGGCGCGCCCUCGACAUGCAGAACGACGCCGGCGAGUUCGUGGACCUGUACGUGCCGCGGAAAUGCUCCGCCAGCAACCGCAUCAUCGGCGCCAAGGACCACGCGUCCAUCCAGAUGAACGUGGCCGAGGUUGACAAGGUGACGGGCAGGUUCAACGGCCAGUUCAAAACCUACGCCAUCUGUGGGGCCAUUCGCAGGAUGGGGGAGUCCGAUGACUCCAUCCUCCGACUGGCCAAGGCCGAUGGCAUCGUUUCCAAGAACUUCUGACUGGAGAUCACGGAUGUGGGAUGUUUGUCAUAAAUAAAUACUGAAACCCA